UCCAAAAUAUAUAAAAAAAAUAAAAAUAAAUUAAGGGACACGAAGACUUAUCCAUUCUUUCCUAGUAUUUUGUUUGUUCAUCUUUGGUUCCAGUAGGAUUUGCCACCAAAAGUUGAAGUUUAUCCUCAAUAAUCACAUCAUCAAUUAGAAUUUAGAGGUGUGUGAUUUCUGAUUAUCAUCAUCAGACAUCUGACAUCUGACAUCAGCCAUGGCUGCUCGCAGGAUUUCUUCUCUGCUUUCUCGUUCUUUAUCAUCUUCUCUUCCUCUUUCUCUUGGUAAAGGGUCGAGCUGGGGAAGAUGUUCAAGCCGAUAUAGCACGGCUGCUGAAAUCGAAAACCCUAUUGCCCCUGAUGUCAAAAUUAAGCAUACUCAACUUCUGAUCAAUGGACAAUUUGUUGAUGCAGCAUCUGGAAAGACAUUUCCUACAUAUGAUCCCCGGACUGGGGAUGUGAUAGCUCAUGUUGCUGAAGGUGAUGCAGAAGAUAUCAACCGUGCAGUUGCUGCUGCUCGUAAAGCUUUUGAUGAAGGUCCAUGGCCUAAAAUGACAGCUUAUGAAAGAGCGCGAAUCAUUCUGAAAUUUGCUGAUUUGGUUGAGAAACACAGUGAGGAACUUGCUGCCUUGGAAACUUGGGAUAAUGGGAAGCCUUUUCAACAGUCUGCCAAAUCAGAGCUUCCAUUGUUUGUCCGCAAAUUUCACUAUUAUGCUGGUUGGGCGGAUAAAAUCCAUGGUAUGACAGUUCCAGCUGAUGGUCCAUACCAUGUACAAACAUUGCACGAACCAAUUGGUGUAGCCGGUCAAAUCAUUCCAUGGAACUUUCCUCUCAUCAUGUUUGCUUGGAAAGUUGGCCCUGCCUUGGCAUGUGGCAAUACUAUUGUUUUGAAGACUGCCGAGCAAACUCCAUUGACUGCUCUCUUUGUUGGGAAACUCUUCCAUGAGGCUGGUCUUCCUCCUGGUGUUUUAAACAUAGUUUCUGGUUUUGGUCCAACAGCUGGUGCCGCACUUGCAAGUCACAUGGAUGUCGACAAGAUUGCUUUCACUGGAUCUACUGAAACUGGAAAGGCAGUUCUAGAACUAGCAGCUAAGAGCAAUCUUAAGCCAGCGACUUUAGAGCUUGGUGGGAAAUCGCCUUUCAUUGUAUGCGAGGAUGCUGAUGUUGAUAAAGCAGUGGAACUUGCACAUUUUGCUCUUUUCUUUAACCAGGGCCAAUGUUGCUGUGCUGGCUCCCGUACUUUUGUGCAUGAGAGUGUAUAUGAUGAAUUUGUAGAAAAAGCAACUAAACGUGCCAAGAGACGUACUGUUGGAGAUCCUUUUAAGAGCGGCAUUGAGCAAGGUCCUCAGAUAGAUAGAGAGCAAUUUGAAAAGAUAUUGAGGUACAUAAAGUCUGGUACGGAGAGCAAUGCUAAGCUCGAGUGUGGAGGUGAGAGAUUUGGAUCUAGAGGUCUCUUUGUCCAGCCCACCGUCUUCUCAAAUGUUCAGGAUGACAUGCUGAUUGCACAAGAUGAGAUAUUUGGCCCUGUACAGACUAUCUUGAAAUUCAAGGACCUUGAUGAUGUGAUUCGGAGGGCUAAUAAAACGCGGUAUGGGCUAGCAGCCGGAGUAUUCACCCAAAACCUUGACACAGCCAACACAUUGUCGCGGGCAUUGAGGGCUGGGACAGUAUGGGUGAACUGCUUUGAUGUUUUUGAUGCAGCCAUACCCUUUGGUGGGUACAAGAUGAGUGGUAUAGGCAGGGAAAAGGGUGUUUACAGCCUUAACAACUAUCUGCAGGUGAAAGCUGUUGUUACUGCUCUGAAAAAUCCAGCUUGGUUGUAAUUUUUUAACUAUGUAAUGUAACACCGUUUCAUGUAUUCCUGUUAGUUUGUUCUUGUUCCAUAUUCUCUGAAUUUUGAUUCAGAACAAGUACAGAAGAAAUGCAGCAUAUAUAUAGAUAUUCAAUGUA